AUGUCUAUCGCCAGCCUGGCACCUGUGGAAUUGAGUGUUGAUAUCAGUGACAUGCGUUUCUACGCGUGGACGCCGCAGAAUGCAGCCGCAAAAAUUACAAUUGAAAACCAGGGUAUCCGACAGUCCACAGACAAAUUCGAUAUCGAGGUGUUCGACAGGUAUAGCGGGUCUGGCGGUGGAGUACGCUUCAACCCACAGCUUUCAAGGGAGCAGAGUGCUGGUUUCGCCCCCAGCGAUGAAGAUUUACGGUCAGAGCCCAUCGAAGCAUUAUUCAUAGCGACCAAAGCGCACAGCACUGUGCCUGCACUGUCACACCUAGCUCCACGCCUCACCUCUCGCAGUACCAUCGUACUUUUACAGAACGGCAUGGGAGUAUACGAAGACCUCGUCCAACGAAUAUUCCGCAACCCUGAAAGCAGACCACACUUUAUUCUGGCGUCAAACACCCAUGGCGCGUGGCUCAAGUCUGCGUUCCAUGUGGUUCAUGCGGGGAUUGGGGACAUCGCAUUUGGGAUUGUUCCAGAUAGCCGCAAGCGAGACUUCGAGGCGUCCAUGGCGGAUGAAAGCAAGCCACUUUACGAGAGGUCACUCGUUCUGGACGACAUCACGCGCCCUGAUGACCCUUCAUUCGAUCAGUACCGCAGCCUACGUCACACGGUAGCCGUCUUACAAUCUCUCGAUGCUCUUGGAUGCAAAUGGAGUCCUAUUGCGGACGUCCAACUUGCGAUGCGCAAGAAACUCGUCGUGAACGCUAUUGUGAAUCCGCUCACAGCCGUUCUAGGCUGUCGGAAUGGUGGCCUGUUCAAGGACGAGUCAUCACAUAAUAUGAUGCGCAGCGUCUGCGAAGAAGCUGCAGCGGCUUUCCGUGCACAGAUUGAAGCGGACACGCAAGCAUGGCUGGAUUCUCUAGAUCUCAGCGUAGAUAAGAGCCAGGUGCCGGUGGGGCGUGUGCCAAAAGAACUGGGAGCAGAUGCUCUUGAACGCGAGGUCCUGCGCGUAACACACGUAACACGAGGCAAUAUGUCAUCUAUGCUCUCGGACGUAAGGAAGAACAACCCAACAGAAAUCGACUUCCUAAACGGCUACUUGGUUAGACUAGGGGAGCAAUACGAUGUCCCUAUGCCUGUCAAUAGGGCCCUCGUUCAAUUAGUCAAGAUGCGGCUGGCAUCUGUAUAUACUCCGUCGGCCGCCUUGAAUGAACGAUGA